AUGGAAAGCGUCUUUCUGACCUCCUCUUCAACAUAUGAGUCAAAAAUCAAAGAUCUUCUGAAUCGGAAUAAGACAACUCCGGAGCGAGUAGUCCGCUUGGCUUUGAGACUUUUGCUGCACAAAAAAACUCCGGGAUGUGCUGCAUUAGAAAGGUUUUCUGAGAUGAUACUCAAAUUAGUACUUACUGAAACAGAUCGCAGCGACGAGGGAAAUGUUCAAAAUGAUGAGGGGUUAUGCGCCAGCAGAGCUGCGAAUUGUGUCCUCGUCCAUUUGGGGGCAAUAAAGCGCGAACGCAAUGCUUCAUCAUCGUCGGAGGUAGAUUCUGAUGAAGAUCCUAUCAAAAGCCCAAAUAAAACCAUUGAGCAUCCUGGUUCCGUUCUUGCGGUGAUUCAACGAAUAAUAGACUCUCAUGGAACUUCUAUGCCAGCUGUUGUGGCUCGUUCGCUUUCUAUUAUGCUUAUGGAAUGCCGAGAUAAAUUAAAAUCAGAUAUAGAGCGCGACGAAGAGCGUCCUUCCAACGAAAACAUAUUGGAUCGGUUAGUAGAGAGUCUGGAGCUGCAGCUCAACCAAAUAAACAUACAUGAGAAGCAAUAA